AUGGAGUCUAACAACAUCUGCGGCAAGGUCCUUUCCAAGGCCACAGCAGAGCAUUACCUCGAACUCACCCAAAGCCUUCAUAACCUCAUCAUUUUCACACUCGACUGCGACAACAAGUACUGUCUAGCAAGCCAAAAGCAAGAUACUUGGUCCCUCCGCUCUGCUCGUCGUCCAGACCCCCUGGACGAACACAUUUCCAAUAUCAAGAGCAGAAUACAUUCACGCCACGUGGGAUUCUACGAAGACCGGAAAGAGAUCAAGUACGAAGCCGCAUUUAAGUGGCCUGUUUCCGAACACGCAGGCUCACUGUGGACGAUCUUCGCAAGAGCCAUCGACCAAGACAGAUCCAUCUACGAGAUGAGAAACUGGUUCUCGCACGACUUUGGUAAGCGUGGUGGCACUCUUGAGGUGGAGAACGAAAAGUUCAACGGAUUGCAAGAGGCAUAUAAAAGUCUUCUUCCAGGUCUUACUGAACUACUAGCGAAGCUUGAACUAGCACUCCAAGAUGAGGCGGCUUGGGUGUCGGAGUCCAAGGUAAAGGCUAGGAAGUAUGAAGAGAACCAGCCUGAGUAUACCAGGGAUACGAUGGCGGUUCAGUUGGAGCUUGUGGCACGUCAAGAGAAGUUUAUCGCAAUGACGAAGCGGAUUGAGAUCAAUGACGCUGCUGAAGCGGAGUGGGUUGUGAAGGAGGUUGAAGGAGAAGAAUGGGUUAGUGACACAGAGGAGGGUGUAAUACCAUGGGCCAAUAUCGGUGAAGUCAACGAGAGUCUUUGGGACUACGCAUCGAACACGGACGAGGACUCGUCGGAGUGCACCGAGGAUCUUCCGGCCUCAUCAUCGCAAGACCCUGACGACUGGGCAUACGACUCUGGAUACGAAGACGACGAGGGGCUCCCGGAUCGCUUGUGCAAGGCUCCCGCAUCCGACGCCGGAUCUAUCAGCGCGACAAUAUAG